AUGAGCGACCAAAAGUUAAUGUCUAAUCCCCGUGGUAUUCCAAGCUCUCCUUUUGUGGAACGCGUUGAGGAUUAUGUCUCUGAAGCAGAACCCGUUGAAGUUGUAUUAAAGAAAUUCCAAGAAGCCAUCAGCAAGUAUAAAUUCAUGGAAGUCAAUUUAUUGCAACGUAGAAAGGUGUUGGAAGAAAAGAUCCCCGAGAUUGAAAAGACGAUUGCCAUGGUAGACUUAUUGACCGAGAAACAAGAUAGCCAAGAACCCUUAUACACAGAUUUUGAGUUGAAUGACACACUCUAUGCAAAGGCAAAGAUCGAAGCCACUGGCUCAGUGUACCUUUGGUUGGGUGCUAAUGUCAUGCUUGAAUAUACUUGUGAAGAGGCAAAGGAUUUAUUGACCUCUAAGCUGGAUACAGCCAAGAAUUCACUCAAGAACACAUUAGAGGAUCUCGAGUUUUUGAGAAGCCAAAUCACAACCAUGGAAGUCAACACGGCUCGUGUAUAUAACUGGGAUGUCAAGCAAAGACGUCUUUUGAGAGAGCAACAGGGAUCUUCGUCUGCUGUCGAGGCCUCAGCUUAA